AUUAAGUGGAAAAAGAGGGACCUUAAGUUAGCUAUCAUCUAUUUAGGUAGUAUACUAUUAUUAUUAUACGCAUUAAGUGGUAAGACAUUUUAAUCGCAAUUUGGAGUUGUAUCAGUUAUCACUGUUGGAGGCCCUAACGAACAAUUUUUACAACAUCGGUACAUCACGAUGAAUUUGUUGUUUUUGUUGCUGGUCGUUUGCAUAGCUAUGGUAGCAUACGGGAGAGAUUCAAGACAAACUUCGACCAAGAGUCAGCUGCAAAUAUCACCCAAAAAUAUUAAAAUGGAUUCUGAAGGUAAAAACCGUAUCAAUGAUAAUUAUAUAUUAUACUCACGAAAAAACAGUGCUGCAAAAACCGCUUACGACGCUGUGAAUAAAAGAUGGACACGGGACAUUUCUACGCAGAAAGUCAAGGAAACUUUGCAGAAAUCCAAUAAGAUGAAGGAGGUCUGCUUAAACACUCUAGCGAAAAUCUUCCAAGUAGCUUUGAUAAGACCCAAGUUGAGGCCGUGUCCAGCAGGAAUGGUUCGAGGCAGUAGAGGUGAAUGCGUUUUUAAGUUUUUUAACGCUUGAAAACAUAGUAUGAGAAUACCAUGGUAUAUUAAUAAAUUCUAAAUAGGUAAUUGUAAUCAAUUUACAUCUAUAAAAAUCAAUUUUUUUUUUGUAAACUAUUAGUUUAAAACGUUAAUAUGUCUAACAAUACACACGAUUUUAAUAAAACCGUUUCCUGAAUUUUUUUUUAUUAUUUAUUUAAAUCGACUGAAUAAGUGAUAAUAUCGUUGAAAUGACAAAUUCACUGACAAUAUAUUUUGUUACCUACCAAAUCAAUGGUUGAUGUUUGCUUUAAAAUAUAAUAAACAAGAACCGUACAUAUUUUUA